UUUGGGAGUUCGAGCCCAGGUUUGUCCUGUUCAGUUCCUUCUUCUGUGAUUCCAGCAGUGGGAAGCUUUUGGUUGGCUCUUUAUCUUCUGAGGAUCAUGACUUUGACCCUACAGCUGAAAUGUUGGUACAUGACUAUGAUGAUGAAAGAACUCUUGAAGAGGAGGAAAUGAUGGACGAGGGCAAAAAUUUCAGUUCUGAGAUUGAAGACUUAGAAAAGGAAGGAAGCAUGCCCUUGGAAGAUUUGCUAGCAUUCUAUGGCUAUGAACCUACAAUUCCUGUUAUAGCAAGUUCCAGUGCAGAUAGUUCCCCAAGUGAACUUGCAGAUGAACUCCCAGACAUGACUUUGGAUAAAGAAGAAAUAGCCAAAGACCUUUUGUCGGGAGAUGAUGAAGAAACACAGUCUUCUGCUGAUGAUUUGACACCAUCGGUUACUUCACAUGAAACAACGGACUUUUUCCCUCGACCAUUAAGAUCAAACACUACCUGUGACGGUGAUAAAGAAUCAGAUGGUGAGGAUGUAGAAGUAGAUACUGGCAAUUCAUCUGAAGAUUUGCGGAAGGAAAUAAUGAUUGGAUCACAGUACCAAGCAGAAAUACCACCUUAUUUAGGCAAAAGCACUGAUGAUGGAAAGGCAUAUGAAAAUGAAGACCAGCUACUUUGGCAACCUGAUGUGAUUUCAGAGAAUAAAGUUAAAGAAUAUCUUUUUGAGACAUCUUUAAGAACUGGAAAUGAAAAAAUGAUUGGCCGAAUCCCCGAGGGAAUACAUACCCGAGACAAUGAACAGGCACUCUAUGAACUUUUCAAAUGUAACCACAAUGUGAAAGAAGCAGUUGAAAAGUACUGCUCAAAUGGAAAGGCAUCUCAAGAAAUGACUGCCUGGACAGAAGAAGAAUGUAGAAACUUUGAACAUGCACUUCUGAUUUAUGGGAAAGAUUUUCAUCUCAUACAAAAAAAUAAGGUGAGAACCAGAACAGUUGCUGAAUGUGUAGCAUUUUACUACAUGUGGAAGAAAUCAGAACGAUACGACUAUUUUGCACAGCAAACAAGAUUUGGAAAAAAGAGGUACAACCACCAUCCUGGAGUCACGGACUAUAUGGAUCGGUUGGUAGAUGAAGCAGAAGCUCUUGGUGGAGCUGUGCAUUCUUCAGCCAUAACAUCAAACAGCAGAUCAGAGCCUAUCCCUGAACAGCAGCUAAGCAUCCUGAACUCUAUCACUGCCAAUGAUUUGACAGCACUGACCAACACUGUAGCCACAGUCUGCCACUCUACAGAUGUGAACUGUUUAGAUGAUGCCUUCCCACCUCUGGAUAGUUUGCCCCGAACAGCAGUUAAUCAUGUGCCUGUCGUAACAGAAGAUUUGCUUAACUUGCCUAGUAAUGGUGAAAGUGAUUGUUUUAAUUUAUUUGAGACUGGAUUUUAUCACUCCGAGUUAAACCCAAUGAACAUGUGCAGCGAGGAGUCUGAAAGGCCUGCCAAGAGACUAAAAAUGGGAAUUGCAGUCCCAGAAACCUUCAUGAAUGAUGUUUCUGUAAACAACUUGGGUGUUGAUUUUGAGAAUCACACGCAUCACAUUACCAGUGCCAAAAUGGCAGUCUCAGUGGCUGACUUCAGCAGUCUCUCUGCAAAUGAGACAAAUGGCUUUAUCAAUGCUCAUGCAUUGCACCAGCAUACUGCCCUCCAGUCAGAAUGAAUUUAGCAGCCAACUGAAGAGGCAGUGAGCGCUGUUGGCAGUUCAAGGUAAACUUGAUGAGAAUGAUCAAGUUUGCUUAGUCUUUCACUGGAAGUUUGAACUAUAUGACAUCAGUGAUGUCUUUAUGUACAGAACUAUAUCUUGAUUUAUCAAGAGUAAUUUCACUUUUUUCCAAUCCAUAAAUAUGGAGACUUCAUACAAUGUUUAGCAGAGUUUGAGGACUAAGAGAACUCUGUGGUGCAGCUUUAAGCUCUGCUUCCUCUUUUUAAACCUGUAGACAGAGACUGCUGUCUCAAAACCAGCACAGAAGUUCUGAACUGAUUGCAGUGGCGUUUAGUCUAAGUUGCUUCUGCCCUAAUGGAUGCAGUGGAAUAGCAAUUGUUUACAGGUACCAGUCCUGAUCCCUGCUCAAUGUAGCAUUUAAAAAAAUAAAAGAAAAGAAAAAGCAGGGAAAGGUUUCUUUAAUUUAAACUGCACAACACACGAAGAUAUUUUUAAACGGAACCUUCUCUCAUCUGAUACUAAACCAGAGCACUUCAGUUUACAAUACAACAAUUUCAUCUUGGUGGAUACUAGCACAAGGGACUGUAGGAGCAAAGUCUGAAGACACAUUUGGAUGCUCUUACCAAAUUAUAGGCCAUGGCUACCUUACACAAAGAUGUCUAUACUGCCCAAAGGUUUUUGUGUACUUAAAACCUGUUGGCUGAAAUGAUGUGGUGUAUUUGCGGGGGGUGGGGGUGGGGGGUUGUCCACACUCCCCAGGAGUGUAAUGUGAAAAACAACAUCAAAUGUUAUGUUACUUUUCCUGAGGCCACUGGGGGAUAAUGGUACAGUCUGCACAGCUUAGGAUUUGCCACUAAUGAUUUACAUCUUAGGACUUGCCUUAAGUUCAGAGCACUGCAGUUCAAAAUGUUAAACUUAUGAGGGACUCUAGAUUCACAGAUGGUGAUGAUGCAGUAGAACAUUGUUGAUGCUGUAAUUGCAUUCCAGCAUGGAUAUGUUUUUCUUCUGGAUUGAUACAGGCUCAAGUGCAUUUUAUAGUUUGGAGAGAAACCUCUGAGAAGGCUGUUCUUUUUCUUUCUUUUUCUUUUUCCUUUCAGAUAACUUCAUAGAUGCAGAUUUGUGAAAAGUCAUUAGAGUUUUGGCUAUCAGUUGUGUUAUUACUCAGAAGGUAUUGGUUAUGUCUCCUGAAUGACACCAAGUUCUACAAAAAUGCUGAACUUUACUACAACACAGUUGAAAUACAGUCAACCAUGUCUAGUUUUGCACUGGAAAUUAUACACAUUUAAUUUCUUUUAAAUAUCUUGCUAUUUCUUUUUCAAGGGCAAAUUUGUCAGUGUUGGUAGUGGUGAUUGCACUGCUUAAGUAGAAAGCAGACUCCUUACUUAAUGCUUCAAAGGGAGGGUAUUUAUUCUACAUACUGUGAACUGCAUUGACAUCCUCAGUUUGAGAUGCAGCAUAGUGCUAUGUUUUUUUCAUGGCACUGUAACAAAGAUGGCUUUGUAGAAUUCUACACCAUAGCACAUUUAACAAUUUUAGCAACUUCAUUUAGCAGAGUGGGCAAAGGUGGUUGGUGAUCUGCUCUAAAGCAUACUUCAAAAAUCCAUCUAGUCAUUCUAAUAAGUACACAGUGAGUAAUGGGUAGCCUUGGCCCUGUGUCGCAUUCUGACACUUUUAGCCGAAUUGUCAGCUUCUUGUUGCUGUGGUUUGUGCUGAAUUCUGUAUCUUGUUUCUUUCUGUUUCUGGAUCCACACAGCUUAUGUAAUUUUGUAAAAUACUGGUCCCGUUCUUUCUGUUAUACACGUUUAUGGGUUUACAGUGGCUGGUCUGUAUAAAAAUCAUUACACAAAAAUGUCUGAAUGCUUAUACCAGUUGCACUUAAAUGAACACACCCAUUCUCAUUAGCUGAUGCAGUACUAUGUUCAGUUUAUCUAUGCAUUGCUGGGGUCUUAAUGAAGACCGAGACAGUCUAGUUUCUCGUCUAAAGUUUUGAUUGUCAGCAAGUUGAAUGGACACUUUAGUUAUUUAAUAAAGACUUUUGACCAAAAUUCUGAAAAUGGUAUGAGAGAACAAUGAAUUCUGGCUAGUUUUAAUAGAUUUUUAAUUGCUGAUCUAAUUUAGCCUGUUGGCUAGCUAGCUGGUAAUGUUUACUUUUAAUUCCUUGUUAAAAUGAGGCAAUAAUUUGCAAGAUUAUGUAAAUAUGUACAUUCUGCAUAUCUUUUUAGAUAUCUAUUUCAAUAUUUUCUGACUACUUCUGUGUAUAGUAACAUUUUGUGCAUGCUUGAUGUGUCAUUCAUAAAUUUGUACCACUAUGACUUUAUUCAUGUAAAAUAGCUAUUUAUUGAAUUUUCUUUUAAAAGCUGGACUUAACCUGUUUUUCUCUAUUUUAAACAUUUUUAAUGAAGAAAUUGUUACUGUUUAUUAAAAGAAUUGCGUUUGAGGAGCAGUUUGAAGAUGGCAGAACUGUAACCAUAUGGUGAAAUCUACAUUGCCUUGAUUCUUAGUGGGUAAAGCACAAUUCUUCUAACAAACUGUGAUGACUUCUUUUUUCAUUGCUAAAUAUAUUCUCCCCUACUUUCAUAAACAAACAAACCAAAAAUCCAUCAUGGGCAACUGCAGUUUGGUAGAUGUAUCACUUAACCACAGGGACUCUGAAAAGGAUAGCUGAUUCUCUUAGCAAUGUAACUGGUGCUGUGAUUAGAGCAAUACUACUUUUGUUAGCCAUUUCAUAAUCUCAUUGAUAGCUUUUCAAAAUUUUAUUUUUCUGGGUCUUAAGGUCAAACUGCUGACUUCACUUGAAGGCUGUACAAUGCUGUCUGAAGUAUACAAAAUUGUGUACAAUGCAGUUGAUUUGUAUAGUUUUCAUUUGAAAACAUGGUCACAACCAUAUAUUUAAUUUCUGAUCCAGUAGUGUAUUAGUGAUACUAUUUAGUUUAACCAAGGUCUUUAGUGAAUAUUUCACAUUUGAAUGUAAACUAGUAGAUAACUGACCAUUAGAAGACUUUGUUUGCCCAGUGUUAUAUGCAUACUGUCUAUAAAUGGAAAACUAAAUUUAUACAGUAUCAUGGUUAUGAGUGAUCCAUUAGAAUGGGAAAACUUUCUAGUUAUUGUUCAAGAACAGCUGAGGACGGUGGUCCUUCCUGAAGCAACCAGUAAUUCCAGUCAUUCUUAGAUUCAGGUUGGUAUUCCCUGCGCAUAAUGGCAUAAAUUAGUGACAAUCGCAACCAGUUUUAGUAUCUGAUGCCCAAGAGGAAGUUGCUAUUGUUGCAUUGGUUUUAAUAUUUGUACAUAAACACUGAUUUUUUUGAACAUUAUUUUGUAUUUGUUGUACUUUAAUACCUGGUGUACAGUUCCAGAAAUAAAUGUCUGGAAACCUUUU